AUGGUUACAAAGGCAAAUAUUUCAAUUGUUGUCAUCGUUGUGAUGAUGGCCAUGUUGGUGUACAUGGUUAAUGGAGCACCAUUAAAUACAUACUCUGUCAAGAUUAGUACAUUUGCAGGUGGUAAUGGUGAAUUCAAAGAUCCACAAAAGCUUGCUAGAUUAUCAAAUGGUGAUAUUUUGGUCAGUGAUGCUUUAGGUCAUGCCAUUAAGAAGAUUAACGUGACCAGUGGUGUGAUUACUACAAUUGCUGGUAAUGGUACUGCUGGUUUUGGAGGGGAUAAUGGUCCAGCUGUCAAUGCUCUAGUCAACAAACCAUUUGGUAUUGCAGUUUCUCAAACAGAUGAGAUUUACUUUGCUGAUUCUGGAAAUAAUAGAAUUAGAAAAAUUGAUUUGACUGGUACAAUUACAACAGUGGUUGGUACAGGAGAUGCUACACCUUUCAUUGAUGGUGAUUUGGCCACCAAUUGUACCAUUAACACUCCAAUGGAUGUUUCAUUGAGUACUUCAGGUGAAUUAUACAUUGCUGAUAUGUACAAUUACAGAAUUAGAAAAGUUUUGACUAAUGGUACCAUUGUUACAUUUGCUGGAAGUGGUCAAUCAGGUCAUACAGGUGAUGGUGGUUUGGCAACCAAUGCUGCCAUGGCUCUUGCUUAUGGUGUAAAAGUUUUUUCAAAUGGAGAAGUUUACAUUUCCGAUAGUUUCAAUUUCAAAGUGAGAAAGGUUGAUGUUAAUGGAACUAUUACAACUGUAGCUGGUUCUGGUGUUGCUCCUUAUAGUGGUGAUAACAUUUUGGCUACUGCUGCCAAUUUGAAUUAUCCAAGUGAUGUUUUUCGUUUUGAUACAGGUGAAUUGGUCAUUGCUGAUACAAACAAUAAUAGAAUUAGACUUGUAAUGCCAAAUGGUACAAUUAUUACAACUGCUGGUAAUGGUACUGCUUCAUUCUCUGAUGGUGAAUUUGCUGAAGAGAAUGGAUUAUCUCUUCCAACUGGUUUGGUACUUAUUCAAAAUGGAUUGUUGAUUGCUGAUGCUGGUAAUAAGAGAAUUAGAUUGUUACAACGUACAAUUUUCUCAUGCUAUGGAAAGUCAACACUCGAUUCCAAUGUUUGCAGUGGUCAAGGAAGAUGUGUUGGUAAUAAUAUAUGUCAAUGUAAUGCUGGUUUUGAAGGACCAACUUGUCUUCCAUCCAAGUAUUAUAUUACAACUGUUGCAACUGAUUUUAAGGAUCCACAAAAGAUUGCCAAAUUGUCAAAUGGUGAUAUUAUCGUUUCUGAUACAGGUGAUCACUCUAUUAAGAAGAUUAGUUACUCAACUGGUGUUAUUUCAAGAAUUGCUGGUACUGGUGUUGCAGGUUUUUCAGGUGAUGGUGGUUUGGCUUCCCAAGCUCAACUCAAUAAGCCAUACGGUAUUGCAAUUACUGCUAAUGAUGAAAUUUACAUUGCUGACAAUUUAAAUCAUAGAAUUAGAUUUGUUGAUGUGAAUGGCAAUAUUUCAACUGUUGCUGGUACUUCAAUUGGUUUCUCUGGUGAUAGUGGUUUGGCAACAGCUGCUAAAUUAAAUGCUCCAAUGGAUGUUUCAUUGAGCGCUUCAGGUGAUUUAUAUAUUGCUGAUAGAGAUAAUUAUAGAAUUAGAAGAGUUAGCAGUGGAGUUAUUUCUACCUUUGCUGGUAAUGGUCAAUCUGGUUAUUCUGGUGAUGGUGGUCAAGCUACAAGUGCAGCCUUAUCUCAAGCUUAUGGUGUUAAGGUUAUUAAUGGCGAAGUUUACAUUUCAGAUAGUAACAAUUACAAAGUUAGAAAGGUUGAUGGAAGUGGAAUUAUUACAACUAUUGCUGGUUCUGGAGCUGCUCCUUUCAAUGGUGAUGGAUUGAUGGCAACUUCUUCGAAUAUGAACCAUCCAACUGAUGUUGCACUUCUACCAAGUGGUGAAAUGAUAAUUGCGGACACUGAUAACUAUAGAAUUAGAAUGGUUCUUUUGAAUGGUACAAUGGUCACUAUUGCAGGUAAUGGUAAUUAUGUUUCAAGUGGUGAUUAUGGCCUUGCUACAUCUGCUGGUUUGAAACUCCCAACCGGUAUUUUAAUUACUCAAGAUGGUAUCAUGUUCACUGAAACAAGUAGUGUUGGAAGUAAUGGAGGCGGUAAAGUUAGAUUAUUAUCAACAGUUUAUGUUCCUCCAUUGUGUAAUGGUAUGUCUGCAAGUGAUCCUUAUGUUUGUAACGGAAGAGGAUCAUGCAUUGGUAAAGAUUUGUGUCAAUGUAAUGCAGGAUUCAAUGGAACCUUCUGUGCAAAUUCUCAAUGUGUUAAACCAUCUGCUGAUAUCACAAUUCCAUGUUUUGGAAAUGGUAAUUGUUCAAAUGAUGUUUGUACAUGUGCUCCUGGUUUCUAUGGACCUUACUGUUCAAUCUCAGUUAUGAUUAGCUCUAGAGGAUAUACUCAUCCAAUUAUGGGUAUUUUCAUGAUGGCUACAGUUAAUUCAUUGACCCUUGAUGGUAUUUCAAAUGUUGAUUACAGUUGGUCUCAAAUUUCUGGUCCAACCAUUUCAAACUUGGCAACCAUGACCAAUUUGAAAACUCCAACAUUUAUCAUUCCAGGAAAAUUCAAUUCUCUUUCAUUCGAUAACGGUCUUGUUUCUGGUAAUACAUAUGGUUUUGCAUUGACUGCCAAGAUUACAACUGGUGCCUACACAACAACUGUCACAACCUCAACCACUGUUCUAGUUCAACAAAAUCCAGCAUUGACUUUCACAUUAAAAGAUGACAGUACCAAUCAAGCUAUUACUUCAGGUGUUGCUGGUACAACUGUUUUCAGAAUUAACAUUACAAGUAACUCAAAUCCAUACUCUGACUCUAGCUUCAAAUACGGAUUUGGUUUUGCAGAUUCUAAUAGUAUUACAAUUCUCACUGAUAUGAAAGAAGGUCCAGCUACUUUUAAAUUACCAUUCAUUUCAGGUCAAUCAAGUGUUGAUAUCUAUGUUGGAUGUGAAGGAACUAACUCAUACAGUGUUCAAAAAUUGACAACUGUCUCAUUGACAAAUCCAGUUUCAAACUUGCCAACAAGUCAAGCCAUUUCCUCAAUUCAAAAUCUCUUCACUUCAAAUUCUUCUGUUGGUGAUUUGUUGGGUGCUGCUUCACUUUUGAAUACCAUUACAACAACUGAUGCAACUCAAAUUGCAAAUAAGCAAACUAUCAGAAAUUCAAUCAUUACCACAAUUUCUAAAGCAAUUUCCACUGGAGAUCUUGGUUCUGCAAUUAAGGCCCUCUCUACCGUAACAUCAGUCACAUCAGAAAUCACUCAAACUUCUGCUGAUAACACACUUGAAACAAUGAUUAGUGGAACCAACAAUCCACAAUUCUCCAGAAAUGAAGUUGCUUCACUCGUUAAUAUUGCUUCAAGUAUUGGAUCAGUUUCAAGCGGUAGCAAGACAGUAUCACUUGGUAAUUCAAUAGGAUCUAAACUCAUUACACAAAUGUCCUUGGGAGAUUUAAUCAGUAGUAGUGGAGCCAAUUUUGGUAUUGCAAUUUCGAGAGGUGUGAAAUCAUUCGCUCUUGCAAAUGUUUCAAUUGCUUUACCAUCUAACACAAGAUCUUUGAAUGGCAUUGAAUGUUUCUUCAUUGAUAUUAAGGACCAACUUUCCUUCAUGCAAUGUUUGGCAAAUUCCAAUUGGGUAGCCAGAAAUGGACCAAAAUAUGCACCAGGUACUCAAAGAGCUCUUAACGCUGCCACAUAUACUAUUGGUUCAUUGGUUUAUGACCUGACACCAAUGUACGACAAUGGAACCAUUGUUUCUGGUAAUGUUACAAGUUCUACCGAUAUUCAAAUUACAAUUCCUUACACAGGAUCAUUGACACCAGUUUGUGGUAUUUUAAAUAGUGAUCAAACUUACUCUGUCAAUAGCAAAGCCACACUAGUCAAAGGAAAUGGUUCAGUAACUUGUAAAACUAAAGUAUUGAGAGGAAAUGUCUUGCUUUUAACUCAAGCUACAGCUGCUAGUUCACCUAUCACACCUAAGAAAUCGACAAUUGUUGGCGGAAGUGAAACAAACAAGUUGAGUGCAUUGUUGAUGUGUUUGUUGAUGGCUAUUUCCAUGUUACUCUUCUAA